UUCACGGAGAUGUAGUUGAGAAACUUCACUGACGCGCUUUUUGGCUUGAAAUGUGGAAACAACCUCGCUGACAAGAACAGCACAGAUGGAUACGAGAAUGUGAGAGGUUUUUAAAACACAUUUUCGCGGUUUCUGUUAAACGGCGGAUGAAAGCCCGACACCAGCAGCUGUUCAGUCCGUCUCGUUCACAUGGGGUUUGUGUUUGGGAAGUCAGUCUGUGUCUCAUAUCGCAGGGAUGUCCGCGCAAGGCUUGCUAAACAGCGUCUUCUCGUGUUCCUCAUCUGGCUCUAAAACCCUCGCGAAGAGGAAACUGCAGCAGACGCGCAGUUUGGACUCUGCGCUGCUCAGAAACAGCGCGACGCUUGGAGACGCCAGCGGUCCUCGCUCGUCAUCCUGCUGGAGCUCGAGCUCCACCGCUGGGUUCACGGAGAGCUUCGGUACCGACCCCAGACUCAAACCGCGGCUCUCCACGUCGAGCCUGUCCACAUCUUCAGACGCUUCGUCGCUCUCCAGUCUCCACUUUGACUUCAGAAGCGGCAAACGCAACGCGUCCAGGGAUUUAUCUCUACACCUCUCUGCUUCAAGCAACAUCUUCUCACCGAGAAAGUGGCUUCAAAGAAAGCUGCCUCAGUCGGAUGCUGUUACGCACAAUAUCUGUAAAUCUGAGGGAGAUUUCACCUGUAAGAAAACAGCCGGUCAUAAUUUCCACAUGCAGUCGGUUUCCAUUCAGAGUCUGUCGGAGCUGGAGAGAGUCCGGCUGCAGGAAGUCGCUCUGGUCAGACUGAUGAAAGACUUUGAUUUGGGAUGCCAGAUCACCAUCCCCAAAGAUGGUCAGAAGAGGAAAAAGUCGCUCAGGAGGAAGCUGGAUUCUUUAUCGAAGGAAAAGAGAGACAAAGAGUCGGAUCCUCAGGCGUUCGGCGUGCCGCUCUCGCAGGUGAUCGUGAACGACCGGCGUCACAAGCAGCUCCAGGAGGAGCAGGAGGAGCAGCGCGGUCCAGUGGAUCGAGUCUCUUCACUCCUGCACCUGACGGGACGCAGAUCCACCAACAAGGAGCUCUCCAGCAGUAACUCGUCCCUCAGCUCGUCCUCCGAGACGCCCAACGAGUGCACCACACCCGGCACACCGGAGACACCGCUGCGCUCACGCAGACGGGGCGGUAUGUCUGUGGACUGCAUCACUGAUCUGGACGACAGUCAGUCUCGUCUGCUGGAGGCUCUUCAGCUCUCCACGCCUGUGGAGUCACACAGCGAGAAGAAGAAGAAGAAGACGAGCGACGCCAAGCUCAGCCUGAACCCCAUCUACAGACAGGUGCCACGCGUGCUGGACAGCUGCUGCCAACACCUGCAGAAGUAUGGUCUGCAGACGGUGGGCAUUUUCCGGGUCGGGAGCUCCAAGAAAAGAGUUCGACAGCUGCGUGAAGCGUUCGAUCGGGGUGCUGAUGUUGUUCUGGACCAGCGGCACAGUGUUCAUGAUGUGGCAGCGCUGCUCAAAGAGUUUCUGAGAGACAUGCCUGAUCCUCUGCUGACCAGAGAACUGUACUCCGCGUUUAUCAGCUGUGCAUCUCUAAACAAGGAGGAUCAGCACACAGUCAUGCAGUUACUCAUCUGUCUGCUUCCUGCCUGCAACAGUGACACCCUCCAGUGUUUACUUCACUUCCUGUCAGACGUAGCCAAUCACGCGGAGGAUUCGCGGGACGCUGAUGGAAACGAGGUGAUUGGUAAUAAGAUGACGUCUCUGAACCUGGCCACCAUAUUCGGGCCGAACCUGCUGCACAAGCAGAAGAGCUCAGAGAAGGAGUUCAGCGUGGAGAGCUCGGCGCGGAUGGAGGACAGCGCCGCCAUCAUCAGCGUGGUGCAGCACAUGAUCGACACGCACCAGUCCCUGUUCACGAUCUCAGCUGAGCUGCAGAACGAGCUUCUGCUGAGUUUGCUGGACACAGACAGUGAUGUGGUGCAUUAUCUGCUGAGGAGGAAAACACCACAGUGUGAAGAUGUGAAGAGCUCCAGUGGAGAAAUCUCUCCGUAUGACAACAACUCUCCGGUGCUCUCUGAGUGGUUUCCUCCAUCAGGACUGGAGCAUCAGAGUCCCACACACCUCCAGCACGCUCUCGAGAGCAACAACACUGUCAACUUCUGCCUCUCACCCUCACAAGCCAGCGCCGGGGAAACCAUACAUGAUAAGGCGUGUAUCUGGAGAACACGACACGCUCUUCUGUCAGGUCUUCAUGACAAACUCCUCACAGGUUCGGAUGGACACCUGUAUAAACGCGCCUCUUCUGAUGUUUUCUACGAUGACGAUAACGACAUGGAACCUGUGCAUGAGACACAAAUGUCCCAUACGAACGUCUUUGCUGAAGGUAAAGCGCACCUUCAGGUCACGAGUGCAGAUGGCAGUCCUCUGUGCUCCCCACGCCAUCAAUUACAUCCUAUUGCAUCAAGCUGCUGGACUGCAUUUCACCAGUCAGAGGAGGCGAUGGCACUUCCUGCCAAACCAGAUGACAGACUUCCUGCUGUGUCCUUGCAGCCGCAUGUCACUUCCUGUCAGGGUGCGGCGUCACACAUGCCACCCAAGAGCUUCGGAGUGGAGCAGCAUCCAGACUGGCCCACAGAGAAGUGGCAAAUAUGGCAACUCCUGUCAUCAGAAAGCAUAGACACACUUCCAGAGACUAUGGUGUGAAACAUGCAGCUUAAAGGGACAGUUCACCCAAAAAUGAACUUACUGUCAUCAAAAGAAGAUAUUCGAAGGACACCAUUGGCUUUCAAUGAAUGAGGCAUUUCUCCAGAUAUUUUCUUUUAUUAAAGGCAUACAGGUUUGGAAUGACUGAAGGAUGACAGAACGAUCAUUUUUGGGUGAACUGUCCCUUUAAGAGAGUCAAUUUGAAUUGAAUUGGAUGCAACCCACAGAAUGUUUAAUUAGGAUUUGAAUUGGAAAGAGAGAAAGCACCGCAAAAUGUUAGCGUAUUGCUUACAUAUCGUUUUAAUACAAAUAAUUAUUGAUAUAAAAAUUUAGGAAGAAUAUUGUAAUGUUUUACAUUUAAGUUUGUGGUCGUCAUGAUUUUUUAAAUAUUUAUUUAUUUUUUUAUAAAAAAGAUAAUAAUUUUAUUGAUCUAGGAUGCAUUCAAUUGAUCAAAAGUACCAGUACAUACAUUUAUAAUGUUACAAAAUAUCUCUGUUUCAAAUAAAUGCUGCUCUUUUGAACUUUCAAUUCAUCUGUGAAUCCGAAAAAAAAAAUGUAACACAGUUUCUACAAAAAUAUAAAAUCUUUUCAGCAUCAUAAUCAGAAAUGUUUCUUGAGCAGUAAAUCAGCAUAUUAUACUGAUUUCUGAAGAUCAUGUGACCCUGAAGACUGGAGGAAUGAUGAUGAAAAUACAGCUGUGCUUCACAGAAAUAUAUUACACUUUAACACAGAUUCACACAGAAAACAGCUGUUAUUAAUUGUAAUAAUAUUUCACAUUUUUACUGCAUUUCUGAUAAAAAAGAAUUGCAGCCCUGGUGAGCAGAAGAGACUUCUUUCUAAAACCAUGUGUUGGGUGUAGUAACACGGCAUUGGUAAUUAUACCCGAAAAAUUACUCUUUUAGCAGUUAUAUGAAUUUAUUUGAAUAGAAUGGAAAUUGAAUUGUAAUUCUGCAUUCUGUGAGUUGUGGCCAGUUCACUUCAAAGGACCGAAAAUAAGCUUACAUUCUGAAUUCACUUCAGCCUCAGUUGAAGCUCAAUUGAAUUUAUCAAUAGAAUAUAUUUACUUUUAGUAGUUUGGUCAUUUCCAAAGAAUUUCAUUUUUUUGUAGGUGAUUAAAAAAAAAACACAGCAAACAUUUGCGCUUUGGAGAUUUAAAGAUUGAUUUAGCUUUAUCUGUUAAUAAUGCCUCAUAUUUCCAGCUUUGUCCUUCCUCUGUUCAUCGGUUGAUUUCAUCACUGAUGAUGUUUUAGGAAGUAUUUGGCUUCUUGUCGUCACUUCAUCAUCACUUCAUACGGUAACGAGCAUUUCAGAUUAAUUACAGUGCUGCAAACAACCAGAAUGUCAUAUUUACGAAACCCAGUGUGUUUAUUUAUUAAUGUUAUUUAUUAAAUUAGCCACUAGUAUGUUACCACUGUGUAUAAUCACCACAGAAUGAUGUUAGUUUGUUGUCUCAGUAUUGCUUUAUCUGAAUAAAAUCAAUAAUAUUUUUAUCUCCACCAUAUUCAGAUUUUAAAGUCAGAAUGACUCUUAAUUCACGUUCCUGGUUCUAUUACCUGUGAUUCAGAGGUGCACAUUAUUCUGAAGAAACGUGUUUAUCUUUAUAUCUUUUUUUAAUGUAAUAAUUUGCUCUGCCUUUUGAAACAAUUUUAUUUUUUGACUGAUGUUGCUGUAAAUUUCCUCACCCUCAGGUCAUCCGAGCUGUAGAUGAGUGUGUUUCUUCAUCAGAUUUGGAGAAAUGUAGCAUUGCAUCAGUGUCUCACCAAUGGAUGCUCUGCAGUGAAUGGGUGCCGUCAGAAUGAGAGUCUGAUAAAAACAUCACAAUAAUCCACAGCACUCCAGUUCAUCAGUUAACAUCUGGAUCAGACGAAAACUGAAACAAAUCCAGCAUUGAGACGAUUUUAUCAGCUGUUUGGACUCUCAUUCUGACGGCACCCAUUCACUGCAGAGCAUCCAUUGGUGAGACACUGAUGCAAUGCUACAUUUCUCCAAAUCUGAUGAAGAAACAAACUCAUCUUAAUCUUGGAUGGUGUGAAGGUGGACAUGUUUUCAGCUAAAUAUCACUUUUAGGUGAACUAUUCCUUUAAAUUACAACCACAUGAAGAACAAAGCAAUCACGUCCUGUAUAUGAGUUUAUACAUUUAUAAGUGAGUUUUAGUACUUCAUUAUUUUCCCUGUCAGUGUUCUGUUUGAUAUUUCUGAUAUUUGUACAGUCAAGAGCAAUCAUUUUAUAAAACAAAUAUAUAUUUUGAUAAUCAAUUACUUUAAUCCAAAUAGUAGGAGAAAGACCAGAAUACAGAGUAUUUUAAUGACGUUUGUUGUGUAUCAAAAGUCUCUGUUUUCAUCAUGCAGUUCAUACACAAUAGAAUGUGAUGAAACUGUUUCAAGAGCCUUAGGUUGGGUUUUUGGGUUGUGCUUUGUUUGUUUGUUUGUUUGUUUAUUUGUUUGUUUUGCCUGUAGUCAAACACAUCUGUGUUCACAAACACAAUAAAAUGAAUGUCUCUCAAAGUU